UGAUCGUGGCGGCAAUCGAAUUCGGCUUGAGCAUAUUCUGAAUUUCGGAUGCGUAUACUUAGUUCAUGCAGUUGAUCAACAGCUGACAUCGCGAGAGCUAGCUAGCAGUUCGACCGCCGCAGCUCGCUCCGGAGUCAAUGGCGACCGCCGCGUCCGGGUCGGCGCUCCGGCGGCUCUACCUCUCCGCCUACAACUGGGUCGUCUUCUUCGGAUGGGCGCAGGUGCUGUGCUACGCGGCCUCGGCGCUCCUGGAGAGCGGCCACGAGGCCGUCUACGCCGCCGUCGAGCGGCCGCUGCAGUUCGCUCAGACGGCCGCCUUCAUGGAGAUUCUGCAUUCGAUUCUAGGAUUCGUGAGGUCUCCGAUCUCGACAACUAUUCCACAGAUCAGUGGAAGAUUGUACAUCACAUGGGGAAUCUUAUGGGGCUUUCGUGAGGCACAACCUCAUAUUUUUGUAACUUCAUUGAUCAUAAGUUGGUCCAUCACUGAGAUCAUCAGAUAUUCUUUCUUUGGCAUGAAGGAGACAUUUGGGUUUGCACCUUACUGGCUCCUAUGGCUUAGGUAUAGUACCUUUCUGGUGUUCUAUCCUAUCGGUAUGUUAAGCGAGGUUGGCCUAAUCUUUGUUGCCAUUCCUUCUAUGAAGACAUCAUCGAAAAGCCGCCUUAUGAUGCCUAAUAAAUGGAAUUUCUCCUUCGACUACCGCUAUGAAUUGGCUCUCACCGCGGCUCUGUAUGUUUCAGGGUUUCCGUAUUUGUUCCGUUAUAUGGUGGCUAAGCGGAAGAAGGUCCUGUCAGUGAAAAAAACUGCAUGAUGUUGCAAUUGCCUCUUGAGCGAUCAAGUUGAGACAAAAGGAAUGUGAAUUCCAUAAUAAAACUCAUUAGAUAUUUAAUCAUGUUUUGUGUCAUUCAUUGAUCACUAGCUUCAAACUUCCUUGUAUCUCGUAUGUGUAAUCUCCGGGUUGGAUAUUUUCAAUCCUUCUUAGCAAUAAAUGGCU